CAUAAUCCCACAAACAAGUAGUAAUAUUCUUCACUAUACUCAUUUCAUUUCUUAUUAUUUUCAUUUAUUAAUAAUCAUCCCCUUCUCCCCCAACAAACACUCUAACCUAUCUUUUUAACUCAACUUUCUUUCUCUCAACCAUUAAUUAAUUCAUAAAUUCUACUCAUCGUCUAUUUUUCAUUUUUCAAGAUUAAUUUUAUGUUCCAUAAUGGGUUUUGGAAUUUCUGACCAAGUUAUUUGUAACACAGGCCUUGGUUUAGGGCUAAUUUGCCCUGAAAAUCAAGAAAUGUGUUACCACGAUCAUCAUCAUCAUCAAGAAAAGAAAACGAAAAUUUGUUUGAAAGAUGAUCAUGAUCAUACGUUUCCAUGUCUAACAUUAGGUCUUCAGCCGGCGGUUACUAUAGUAGAAACAGAUUUACAACCGCGGGUAUCAUCUCCUAGUGCGGUUUCUAAUUCAUUUUCUCAUUCAAGUAUGAAGAAGGAAAUAGAGUCUGUUGGCGGCGGAGGUGGAGGUGGAAACGGCGGUGGGGCUGCGGAAGAAGAAGAGAAGGAGAGAGUGUCUUCAAGAGGCAGUGAUGAAGAUGAAGAUGGAAGUCCGAGAAAGAAACUUAGACUUACCAAACAACAAUCAGCUAUCUUGGAAGAUAAUUUCAAAGAACACAGCACUCUCAAUCCUAAGCAAAAGCAAGAAUUAGCAGAUCAUCUUAAUCUCAGGCCACGUCAAGUAGAAGUCUGGUUCCAGAACAGAAGAGCCAGGACUAAGCUGAAGCAGACAGAGGUAGAUUGCGAAGUACUAAAAAAGUAUUGCGAAACUCUGACAGAAGAGAACAGGAGGCUGCAAAAGGAAUUACAAGACCUGAAAACACUGAAACUGCAGGCUGCACCUUUAUUUAUGCAACUGCCUGCAGCCACCUUAGCUAUGUGUCCUUCUUGUGAGAGAAUCGCCGGCAAUGGCGCCGGCGACGGGAGCUCGUCUACGAGCACAAUAACGGUCGGGGCCGGUCCAAAACCUCAUUUAUAUAGUCUUUUUACUCAUCAUCCAUCUGCUGCUUGUUAGGCAAAUUAAAUUUGAAGCCAGAACACAAGAAUUUAAUGUUCUAGCUACUACAGUAUAUAUAUAGUAAUUAAUUAAAAAUUAGUUAAACUAAUUAAUUUUGGAAUCUUAAUUAUUACUUAUUAGUACUAUGUUCCCUAUAUUUUCUCUAUCUUUUAUGUUCAUAUACGCUUGUAAAUUUUUUAACAGAUUUCUAUGAAACUAUACUUAAUCAA